GUCAUGUCCAGCAGCAGCUCUGCCAGCAGCAGCCUGGUCCUGGCCCAGAAGGCGGUCAAGCAGCUGCGGGUGGAGGCCAGCGUCCGCAGGAUCAAGGUUUCUCAGGCUGCUGCAGAGCUGAAGACCUUCUGUCUGCAGAAUGCCCAUAAAGACCCGCUGCUCAUGGGGGUGCCCUCCAGCGACAACCCCUUCAGGCCUCCCAAGUCAUGUGCCAUCCUGUGA